GGUAAUAAAAUAUAUUAAAAUGGAUUCUCCAGGCCAAAAUAGUGAUGACGACUUCAUCGCUUCUAUCAAUUAUCACAAGCAAGAUGAUCUAGAAGAAAGUAAAGGUGAAUUACCAGUGGGUCUUCAGAAGUAUAGCACUGAUGAGAUUAGUGACGACUCAGCAGACUCUGAAACAGGAAGUAAUCUCUCUACGAUCUCAGAUAAAUCAGAAUAUUUCUCUUCCAAAGUUUCAUAUCAGAGAAGAGCAUUGAUAAGGAAGAGUAUAUCUCUGCAGCUUAGACAAAUUGGAACAAAUGUAUGACAAUUAUUGACUCCAAUCAUUUCUCUUUUGUUGAUAAUACUGUUGAAAAGUAUUGCGCAGUCUAACAUUUCUAAAUAUAUUGAUGCUCCUAUUUAUAGUGGAUUGCCAUAUAUUUUCAAUAUUCCUCUUGUUCCAGUAGGCCAACUUGGGCUUCUCUUCAACUUAUCAAACUGUGAUCAGUGGUACAUGUAUGGCUUUCAAGAUGACGUAGACCAAGAGACAAGAGACUUCUUUGGAUAUAACGAAGGUAUUCCAAUCUUUGAUCCAGAGUCUGAAGGAAUUCUCGAUGGAGACAAAAAUGUUCUCCAGACAGCUUGACCAAGUUCUGAAAGAGCUACUCCAUAUUUCAAAGAAAAGAAUGCAAGUGAGACUAUUAAUCAAUAUUUAUUCAACACCCUAGAACAUCUGAACACUCAAAAGAUCAAUUUUAAGGAUAGGGAUAGCGAAGUUCCUGAUAUUUGGAUGCUUCCUGACGGCGCGUUUAAUGUUUAUGAAGCUAGCGAUUCCAGACUGAAAUAUAACGUUCAAGUAAACGACCUCAGAUAUAUUCAAUACCAUAGAAACAAUGGGAUCACUAAAUUGGGGAUACAAAAUCCUCUUUCUAAUACGACGAGUUAUUUCAUACGUACUAUUGAGGGUCAAAUUUCAGCAGUUGAUCUAAUGAACAAAGCUUAUAUCUCGAAGCUUUUCCCAAAUACCUUUAUUUAUAGUGGAGUUCAAAUAAUGCCUCUUUCUCCUUCAUUUGACCAAGAGAUUAUGAGGGUUAUAAACUUGCUUGGAGGAGGCUUGUUUCCUCUAUCCCUUUGCCUCAUGCUGCCUGUGUUCAUCUACAAUAUUGUUCUCGAGAAAGAGCAAAAACUUGUUGAGAUAAUGAAAAUGAAUGGGCUCAGAAUGCACAACUACUGGAUAAUCUCAUUCAUUUUUGAUAUGGUCCUCUACAUCAUCACUGUUGUGGUAUUUAUAAUAUUUGGUCGAUUUAUCUUACAAUUGACAUUCUUUUACGAGACAAGUUAUCUGGUUCUAUUCUUCUUUUUCUUAGCAUGGGGACUCUGCCAGAUCUCAUUAGCAUUUUUCUUCUCCGUAUUUCUAAACCAGGCUCAGACAGCAUCGAUAGUUGGAUAUUUACUUUCAAUCUGGAUAACACUUGUAGCAAUCUCUUUGAACACUACUCUGUAUGCUCCUCCAAAAGAAGUGACGUGGUGGCUUCUUCUAUAUCCUACUUUCCCAUACACAAGAUUUUUCUUCAUUAUAUCAACAUACUGUGGAUACAAGUCCUGCAUCACAAGUUUCAGUGAGUUGCCAUCGGAAGCUGUCAGAUGUCUUUGGAUUAUGUAUGUUGAGGCAGUUGUAUUCAUGUUAUUAGCACUUUAUUUCCAACAAGUUGUCCCUCAGACUUAUGGUGUCCCAAAGCACCCACUGUUCCUGUGCAAAGCCAUGAGAUGUAAAAAGGCAGCAAGGAGUACUCAAGAAGAAAUUGAUAUGUUCGAUGAAUUAGAUGAUGCUGAUAAGAACAGAUCGAAUGACUCUGAAAUAUUAGCAAGCGAAGAUGAUGAUUCUAAGAAGGAAAGAAACACAGUUUAUAACUUGGAUAGAGACAACUAUUACAAAUACCCAUUGAUUGUCAAAGAUAUUAGAAAGGUAUAUCCAGGAUUUGGUGGAAGACCUCCCAAAGUUGCCACAAAGAAAUUUUGCCUUAGAAUUAAAAAGGGUGAAGUUUUUGGACUCUUGGGUCCUAAUGGAGCUGGUAAAACCACUUUAAUCUCCAUGCUGACAGGACUUUACAGACCAGAUUCAGGAAAUGCUUGGGUUGCUGGAUUUGAUAUUAAAAAUAAUUUGGAUCAAAUUCAGCUUCAAAUGGGAGUGUGACCUCAAUUCGAUAUUCUUUGGGCUGACUUGACAGUUCAAGAGCAUUUACUAUUCUAUGCCAGACUCAAAGGGAUCUCUCCCAAAGAAGAAUCCAGCAUGGUUAAAGAAGCCAUGCAAGAUGUGUUCCUCGAGAAGUUCGCCAAGUUCAAAGUAAACCAGUUGUCUGGAGGAAUGAAGAGAAGGCUCUCCGUAGCUAUCAGCUUGGUUGGAGAUCCCAAGAUCGUGUAUCUCGAUGAGCCUUCGACAGGGCUAGACCCUGAGAACAGGAGGCAGCUGUGGGACAUUCUGAGCGAUAUCAAGGGCAAGAGAGCAUUGAUGAUCACAACUCACUCGAUGGAAGAAGCUGAUGUUCUGUGUCAACGUAUUGGUAUUGUUACAGAUGGUAUGCUCAGGUGUAUUGGACCACAAGUGAGGCUCAAGACAUUAUAUGGAGGUGGUUAUCAUUUAUUCAUUAACUGCCAUAAGUCCAAAUAUCUAAACAUCCUCAAACGUGAAGCUAAAGAAAAACAAAAGAACGAAAACGGUCAUGAGACCAGAGAGGAGAGUAAAGAUAGAGAAAAUCUUAGAAAGUCAUUUAGUCCAGACGAUGUACACCGUAGGGUAAAAGAAUUUGUUUACGAGCUAGCCCCAUCUGUAUUCUUGUUACAAGAAUUUAAUGGAAACUUUAUCUUCCAAAUUCCAAUUGAAGGAUUUGAUGCAGAGAGCUUAUUCACACAAAUGGAAAGCAACAAAGAAGAUUUGAUGAUAUCAGAUUGGGGAAUUUCUCAAUGCUCAUUAGAAGAUGUUUUCACAAAGAUCUGCACUCCGAAAGAAGAGUAGAUGAAUAUUCACUUAUAGUC